CAGCGUUUCAAGCAACACAACAAAUUUCUUCCAAAAAUGUGCCAACAAAUCGUUGUCGUACCCGCUGCCAACAACAGCAACAACAAGAUGAAGACCAGCUACAGCAUCAAGCAGGUCCUGAAGACGCUCUUCAAGAAACAGCAGAAGCAGCAGCAACAGCAGCAGCAGCAGCACCGCCACCACCAUCACUCGCUGGAGUCCCUCGAGUCGCAUGAAAAUCUGCGCAACGCCCAAGUCGAGGAGGCGUACUAUGCCGAAAUCGAUGAGAAUGCCGCCAACGAGAAACUCGCUCAAAUGGCCCAAUCCCAAGAGAUCAAGAUGAUCGUGGAGGAUGAGGAGGAAGAGGAAGACAUCUAUGUGCCCGUUCGCUUUGCACGCACUCAGGCCGGUACCUUCUUCUGGACCACCAACCUGCAGCCGGUGGCCAGCGUUGAGCCCGCCCUCUGCUACUCCAUGCAGUUCCAGGAUCGUUGGGCCCAGGCCUAAGCAUCACACAACACCAUCAGAAUGCCUGAUCCCUGAUCAAUUAUCAGCUUUAAAACGACUACAAAAUUGUGAUAGCAGCAGCAGCAGCAGCAGCAGCAGUGGCUUUAACUCCUCCCACGCAUCAAACUCAGCAGGAAAACAAUCUCAACUCGGCGAUCCAGCGCUUCCAUUAGAUCUUAAGAUAUUGUGAUAGAAAACAAGAGCUUUAAAAAUAAUCAUAAACAAAAUACAAAACAAAAACAAAA